GAAUACAGAGGAAAAGAAUGGCAGGGUACAGCUACCAGUGUACGGGACCGAAUGGAUGUACAACAACAUGGAUAUGUCAGACCUGAUAAUUCUAGCAGCAGAUGAACAGUGGUGGUGGGGGCAGACAGUCAAGGAGUUUACAGCACACAGGUUAGUCCUGUGUGCUGCAAGUCCUGUAUUUCAUCAGCUGUUCUAUCCUGUAGAGGGAGGACCUGAUAUUCCUCCUUGCCUGUCCUUAUCACAGAACAACAGCAACAACAGCAACAACAGUGUAAAAGUUGAGAUUGAGGGAAUUCCACCAAUAGCUGUGGAAGCUAUGCUAGAAUACUGCUAUAAAGACAGGUUUGAAAAGUCAGAUUAUGAGAAUGGGUACAGUAGAAACCUACUGUGGAGAUUAUGGCAUGCUGCUAAAGUUUUCAGAAUCAAGCAUCUUGUGCAACUUUGCUCUGAGGUUCUUGAGAGUACUUUGUGCGAUGAGACUGUAUUCUGGGAUCUAAACUAUAGUUUAGUGUACGCUGAUCUUGGAACUGAUAUUAUGAGGAAAAGGGUAAAAGGACGAAUAGAGAAGCAAGGGAACAGUAUGUUUGAGCACCCUAACCUUGUAUGGUUAGAUACUACAGCUAUCAGAGAGAUAUUAAGCUGCAGAGCUAUGGGAAGUAGUGAGCCUGGAGUUGUGCUCAACAAUACAUUAAGAUGGUCGCUAUAUCAGCUCGACAGAACCCUUUGUGAAGAAGAAGACGGAAAGAAAGAUGCAGAAAUACCUUUAGAAUCAAGAAUUAGGUUGAUAAAGCAGAUAAAGGAUGGCAGAAUAAAGGAGUUUACGGAAGAGGAUGUCUCAAAAUAUUUGGAUAGAGUUUUAGAUUUAGUGCCUUUUUCUGAACUGAGCCAGAAAGAAUUUCUCCUUCAUGUUAUGGACUCUGGACUGCUAGACCAGGUUGGUACAACUAUCUUGGCUAUUUUCUUCCUUGCUUUUACAUAUUACAUAUAG